UCCUUUUGUUUUAUUUUAUUUGGUAUUUUCAGUUGGUUGCAUAUCUGGGUUUUAUUUAGUUUUUGCUGAACUUUAAAGAACAGCUUUUUGAGCUUUUUUUAGCUUUGAUUUGUACCUCAAGUUUGGGGACCUUUUUUUUAUUGUUUGUUUUUUCCAGCUACUGUUACAUUAAUUAUAUUUUAUUUUUCUUGGUAGUGUGGUUUUUAAAAGAUUUGAUAGAAUUAGAUGGGUAGUUCCAGUUUUGUGAUUCAAGUAAGUGAGCUUUCUUUAGGGGACAUUUCAAAGUACUAUUGAUGAUGAACAGUCCUUGAUGAGCUGAUUGCUGUUGGACUAUUGGAGUUUGAUAUGGAAAAAAAGAGUUGGUUGUGGAAGAGGAAGUCUUCUGAGAGAAGUCCUGGUGAAACUGAAAGUUCCGGAUCGAUAUCAUCGCAGUCCGAGAGAUUUUCAGAUGAUCAGGAGGCUUUCAAGGCAUCAUCACCUAAUGAUUGCACAAAAUCACCUGAAGUGUCGUCAAAAGCUUCAGCCGUUCCUGAAGAAGUGAAUGAUAGCAUUAGGAGUUUGACAGAGAAAUUAUCAGCUGCUCUAGUAAAUGUUAGUGCCAAAGAGGACUUGGUGAAGCAACAUGCCAAAGUUGCCGAAGAAGCUAUUGCAGGUUGGGAAAAAGCUGAAAAUGAAGUAGUGGUAUUAAAGCAAAAACUAGAGACUACAGUUCAGCAAAACUCAGCAUUGGAAGACCGGGUGACUCAUCUUGAUGGAGCUCUCAAGGAAUGUGUUAGGCAGUUAAGACAAGCAAGAGAGGAGCAGGAGCAGAAGAUCAAUGAAGCCGUCGCAAAGACUACCCGGGACUGGGAAACUACCCAAUUUGAACUCGAAAGCCAGUUGCUUGAGCUCCAAAAUAAAGCCGAAUCUGUUAAGUCUGAGCCCCCUCCUCCCUUCAGUCCCGAUCUUUUGCAUAAGAUUGAAGCUUUGAAGAAGGAAAAUUCAGCCCUCAAGCUUGAGCUCUCAUCUCAGUUAGAAGAGUUGCAAAUCAGAACAAUUGAAAGGGACUUAAGCACCCAAGCAGCUGAAACAGCUAGCAAACAACACUUAGAGAGCAUAAAGAGGGCCACAAAGCUUGAAGCAGAAUGCCGAAGACUCAAAGCCAUAGGCUCUAAAUCGUCCUUCACAAAUGACUGUAAAUCCCCAGCUGCCUCCUCGAUUUAUGUUGAAUCCUUCAUGGGUAGUCAAUCUGACAGCGGAGAACGGCUGCAUGUGGUGGACACUGAUACGCAAAAGAUGAGUGGCUUGGAGGCAAACAAAGGAGAACCUAGUUGUUCCGACUCAUGGGCGUCAGCCUUAAUUGCUGAACUUGAUCAAUUCAAAAACGAAAAGGUCAUCAACAGAAAUGUCCCUAGUUCUUCUAUUGAGAUUGAUCUCAUGGAUGAUUUUCUUGAGAUGGAGCAACUUGCUGCAUUACCUGAUACCAAGAAUGAAAAUCAAUGUCUUGAAUCAAAAGCUACUGUCAAACAAUCCAAUGAUGGUGAUAGCUCUUUGAAGGCUGAGCUUGAAGCCAUGAUUCUUCGAACAACAGAACUUGAAGAAAAGUUGGAGAAGAUAGAAGCCGAGAAAGCUGAACUAGAAAUUGCUCUUGCCAAAAGUAAAGAAAGUCUAGAAGCAUCGGAACUAGAGUUGAGGGACAGUGAAUUAAAAUUGGAGGAGUUGCAAAGAGAGCUCAGCAAGGCAAAUGAAGCAAAGCAACAUCUCGAGUCUCAACUCAGUAUCAUGGAAACAGAUGCAGAGACAAUGUCAGCAAAGAUUGACGCAUUAGGAGCAGAAAUUGAAAAGGAAAGGGCACUGUCAGUGCAAAUUUCAGCUGAUGCAAAUGAGUCAAAGCAACUUCUUGAGUCUCAACUUGUUAGCAUUGAAGCAGAGGCUCGGAUGAUGUCUGCAAAGGUUGGUUCAUUGGAAACAGAAGUUGAAAAGGAAAAGGCAUUGUCAGCACAGAUUACAGUGAAGUGUCAAGAAUUGGAAGAAGAGCUUUCAAGAACGAGACAGGAAGCUGAGCUCCAGCAAACUGCAAACUCGAACGUUGAAGUGAAGAUAAAACAGGAGGAUUUGGCCGUUGCUGCUGGAAAACUUGCUGAGUGUCAAAAAACAAUAGCAUCUUUAGGGCAGCAACUGAAAUCUCUUGCGACACUUGAAGACUUUUUAAUCGACACCACGAGCAUACCGGAGUUCUCUAGAGGAGUGUCGUUGAUUACGAAAUCUAGUGAACCUUGGAAGUUACAUUCUAAUGAAACAUAUUCACCCAAAGCAGAUCCAGAGUCAAAAAGAGUUGGUGGUGACGAUUCUAGCCCUCAAGGAAAUAAGAAUGAUGGAAAUGGCAACACACCACCAUCUUCAUCCUCGUCUUCAAUUGUGUCAUCAACUCAUGCCAGUUCAGAGAAGAACCGAAAUGGUUUCGCAAAAUUUUUCACUCGGAGUAAGAAUGGGAUCCAAAUAGAAAUUUAAGAGAUAUAGAUUAGUGUAAAAACAAAGAAAUUAUUUGUCAUUUGAAAAGGUAGUGGUUAAACACUGUUUAAUCACCGUUAACUAGUUCACCUUUAGGUUGUCUCAUGUAUACAUGAAUGGUUGUCUGGAUUCUGGAUACAGAAGUUUGAAGUUGAGAACCUUAAUUGCCAGUACCUGGGGCUAUAGUUUCUCCAUCUUUUGAAGAAAAAUACAGCAACUUCCUUCAAGUUAUUAAGAAGUUA